AUGGAUUUGGUAACUCCUCCAAAGGAGAAACAAAAAACAUCAAAAAGUCCUGUUUCAGCUCCUAGGGCAGAUGUAAAAGCAUCUCCAUUGCAAUCUUCAGAAAUUGAUUCACUCAUUAAAAAUUUUAGAACUCCAGUAAAAGCAUUCCGCCCAAAAGCCAAUGCUUUAUCUAAAUCUCCUACUUAUUAUUGGAAAACUAAAUUCCAAGAAGAAUUUAGAAGAGGAGAUUUUGAAGCUGAAGAAUCAGAUUUGAAGAAUUUAGAAUUGGAAUCUUGGGUUCCCAUCUAUAAAGGAGAUAUUGAAAAAUACCAGAAACAGAAAAACGAAAAGAAGCUAAAAGAUCCAUUAUUAAAUUAUACAAACCCUGCAACGGUUCAAGAAAUAGAAAAACAAGCCUUAAGAAUGAUUACAAAUGCAUAUAGAGAAAAAAUGGCUGAUGCUAUUCCAACAUUGUUGCAAAAUCAAAAGAUUUUAGCUAAUAAAAUAGCUGAAAAACAAAAAGUAUCUGAUCAGCAAAUUCAAAAUGAUAAGAAGGUUAAAGAAAGAAUGAUACAAACCAUACUUUUGCUUCAGGAAGAUUUGGAUGCUGCAAUUCAAUCCAACAAACGACUUGCUAACAAUAUUGAUCUAUUAAAGAAAGCGAAAACUCAAGCUCAACUUUCGAAAAAUGGACUUAAAGCUAAUGUCAGCGUUGGGUUAAUAUAA